AUGAUCAAGCGAAAACAAAUUGGGAGUCUCACUGUCUCUCUUUCUCUCCUCUAUCUCUCUCUCUCACACACACACUCUCUCUCUCUCUCUCUCUCUCUCUCUCUCUCUCUCUCUCAUCCGCCCCCUCUCUCUCUGUCACCCUCUCUCUCUCUCUCCUCCUCCUCUUUCUCUUCCCCCUCUCUAUCUCUCUCACUUUCUCUCUCUCACCCUCUCUCUCUCUCUCUUUCUCUCCCUCCUCCUCUUUCUCUUCCCCCUCUCUAUCUCUCUCACUUUCUCUCUCUCUCUCUCUCUCUCUCUCUCUCUCUGUGUUUAUUAAUAACAUCUUGCCGUAGGGACAAGAUAUGUCUUUUAGUCUCCAACGAACCACGUGUCGUAUUGCAAGCAACACAACAUGCGGACGCCCUAGGCCAAGAAUAUGCAGCCCUUGGCAUGCGUGCCAAAUACGGCACGCCGAUACAUGUUUAUGACACGCGAAACAUUCGAUUCAUACGGACAUUACAUCAUCAGUUAGACAUAUUUUCUCGAUUUUAUUGUGGUGAUGAAGUAUGUGAAGAGAUGGUUGCCUUUGUAACACUACCUGAGGGUACUCCUGAGGCUGAAAUAUGUAAAGCAGUUGUGAACGAAUUAUCUAUUCGACAAAUUCACAUUUCAAAAACUUUCGUUGGUCAUUCCAAACCCACGUGCACGUGGAUUUGGAAUGACCAACGAAAGUCUUACGAAGAAUUGUCUGACAUCACGUGGGUUUGGAAUGACCAACGAAAGUCUUACGAAGAAUUGUCUGACAUCACGUGGGUUUGGAAUGACCAACGAAAGUCUUACGAAGAAUUGUCUGACAUCACGUGGGUUUGGAAUGACCAACGAAAGUCUUACGAAGAAUUGUCUGACAUCACGUGGGUUUGGAAUGACCAACGAAAGUCUUACGAAGAAUUGUCUGACAUCACGUGGGUUUGGAAUGACCAACGAAAGUCUUACGAAGAAUUGUCUGACAUCACGUGGGUUUGGAAUGACCAACGAAAGUCUUACGAAGAAUUGUCUGACAUCACGUGGGUUUGGAAUGACCAACGAAAGUCUUACGAAGAAUUGUCUGACAUCACGUGGGUUUGGAAUGACCAACGAAAGUCUUACGAAGAAUUGUCUGACAUCACGUGGGUUUGGAAUGACCAACGAAAGUCUUACGAAGAAUUGUCUGACAUCACGUGGGUUUGGAAUGACCAACGAAAGUCUUUACGAAGAAUUGUCUGA